AUGACCUCGAUGGAGGAUCCCUUCGUUUCCUCGGCCGAGGAGCGACCUGUUUCACAUGAUGCACAGCGCUAUUCAGCAUUCGAUAACCAGCUGUUCAGUCUCAAUGCAUCCUCGCCAGCGCAAGCCAAAAGAGCCCUCGAGGCUCACCUGGCGGAGACCGAGCGUCGACUCGAGGAGGCAUCCAAGCUAGGCACAGCGCUUAUUGAACAACAGAGAGAGCUUGAAGAAAAGCUGAGAGAGGUGGAACAGCAGCAGGAUGAGGACCAGAUUGGCUCGGACUUGCGCCAGAAGUUGGCAGAUCUGGAGAGAGAAUACAACGAGAUUGGUCGGGAGACGGCGCGAGCUUUCCUCGCUCCGAAGCGUCAUGCAGGUGUUGAGGAGGGUCACCUGGGUACACCCUCGGUUGAUCAGAAGUCACCCCUCAGCCCCGUGCUGUUUGCCAGCCAAGCAACCAACUCUCCGAGCAAAGUGAGCGUUCCAUCACGCAAGCAGCGCAACCAGCCAUCGAGCCGCGUUCACGAUAUCGAAUUCGCCACCGAGAUUUCCACUUCACUUCUGGCUCAGGUCCGCCAAUUGCAAGCCCUGCUCGCCGAGCGCGAGGAUGCCCUGAAGAACGUCACCCUGGAAAAAUCUCGUCUGGAACUUGAGGCGGAGGGAUAUGCCCAGCGCAUCCGCGCACUAGAUGAGAGCGAGGAGCGCUAUAAGGAUGAGAAUUGGACGUUGGAGACUCGAACGCACGAGCUCAUGAGUGCGAUCAAGGAGGCCGCCGAUCGGGAGAAUCGACUCAACGGCAGCCUGGGUGCAGUGACCUCCGAAAAGAACGCCAUUGAACGCGAGCUGGAGGAAUUGAAGCAGACGAACGCCAAACUGAUCGAAGAACAGGCGGCCGCCCAAAAAGCCAAUGACGCUGAAAUCCACCUCCUACGCAGGAAUCUCAACACCGGGGAUACUGAAAGGCUUGCGCUGCAGAAGAAAGUCGCCGAACUGAACACUCAGAAUGAAGAGCUCGCCAAAGUGAUCGCGAUGCGCCUUCGGCAGCAUGAAGCACAAGCUACGCUGGAGGUCCCUCGUGACAACCAUCCUUCUGACGACGACCAGGCCACUCCCGAAAACUCACCUCCACCGUCGCCGAACAAGUUCACCCCGCGGCACAACCAUCUGGAGACUGAGACACUGCGCAGUUCUCUCGGCCAUGCUCAUCGCAUGAUUCAGAACCUCAAGAGCACGAUCCAUCGCGAGAAAACUGAAAAGAUUGAGCUGAAGCGCAUGCUGCAAGAAGCCCGCGAUGACAUCGAACAACGCCGUCGCGAAGCUGCUGCUCCAGCUGGCCCAUCCACCAAGCGCCAGAAGACCAAGCCUGAUUCUUUCCGGAAGCCCGCACGACCUGAUCUGUUGGGUGCCGGGCGCAGAGGCAAGACCGAGAUUGAAAUCGAGGAUACAGACUGGGAGGAUAAUGCCGUUGACGCCACGCCCAGCCGUCACGUCGUGGCAUCGCUGGCACGGAACCGCUCGGCUGAACCAUCGUCAGAUGAGCCUAGUGAUGCCUACCAAACCGCCACCGAGGCCGACGAUGCCUUCGAGACCGCCAAUGAACGGGAGACUGCCACGGAAAGUGAAGCUUUCCAGACCGGCAUCGAAAGCAUGGCUGACGAUAGCUCUGAUACCGAUGAACUCACCGAAACCGAGGACAGCGUCCUGAGAACUCCUCGGCAGCGAGUAUCUUCAUCCCUGGUAAUGGCCAAGGCUCGUGAUCGCUCAUCAUAUCAAAGUACAGCCUCUACCUCUGCGGACGAAGAUGAAGAUAUCGAUGGAGGCUUUCCCUCACCCAGCCAAACUCAAGCGCCGAGAUACCGACUUCGGAAAAAGAGAAGUGUCCUCCGAACGAUUCGACCCUCGGGGGAGGCACCCAUGGCCUAUAGCAGCCGGCCCUCGAGUGCACGAGACUCGCCUGCGACUAGCUUCACUCAAGACUCUACAGCUCCAGAAGGACAAAGCCUUUUCGCAGAGCUCGCAGAACUCGAGGGAGGGGAAGAUGAAGACGGAGCUUUCGAUACAAACUCUCAAGUCUCGACUCCCCGCAUGCUGCCAACUCCCGAUUCUCGCAGACCCUCGGAGGUCAUUCUGGAAGUACCGCCGAAGCCCGCCAUGGUCGAUUCGGGUGUAAUGACCGACCCCUGGGAACCGAGCAGAAGUGCUGGUGUAGUUGCUGCCGAUGAUACCGUACCUGUCGCACCCUCAACGCCGACUAGAGAAAUUGCUUUGGAUGCAGAGAACCACGUGAAUGUAAAGGCGCCGCCCAUGUUAGUCAAUUCUGCGACGCAGUGGACCCCACUUAAAUCAAAUGGGGAAUCGAACGGGGAUCAGAUAUCCAGCGUGCCGACUCCACCAAAGAUGGCUUGGGACGAUGCGUCAGAUGCAGAGCCCGAAUUGGUCAACCACACCGCCCCUUCACCUGCACAGUUGGACCUCUCAUCUAUCUCAUCUCAGGAGACUUCUCCUGUGGCAGCUAGAUUCCCGGAGCUGAGUACCUCAUACUUUGUCGGCGGCUCGACCGAGCCCGUCGCGCUUCCUGCUUCGAAGCCUUGGGAGAUGACUUUGUCAAACAUCUCUUUUCAAGCCACCGCGCCAAUGACCGUGCAACUGCCGGAGCCCGAACCAGUCUAUGUUCCACAGAUGGAUGUUUCAACCGUCUUUUCGGAACAUACGUUGCCCGUCGCUGCAACAAUCCCUGAGCCCGUACCGGUACCCGUCAUUUCCGUUGCCGAUCAUGCCACCAGCACAGACCUUCCAGAAUUAGAUAUCUCAACUAUCCUGUCGGAGUCUACUCAGCCGAUCGCUGUAACGUUGCCGGAGCCUGAGUCUAUCAUCAUCACCCCUGUUGCUGAUCAGUCUACGAGCACGGAGGUACCAGAGCUUGAUAUCUCGGUGAUCUGGUCCGAGCAUACAGAGCCCAUUGCAGUCUCGCUUCCUGAACGGGUCCCGGAACCAGAGCCUGUAUCUGUUGUCGAAGAAGUCAAACAGCCUGAACUUCCGGGAUUGAGCAUCUCAGGCGUCCAUUCAGUCUGCACUGAGCCCGUUGCGCCCCGACCUCGCGAGCUGCCCGCUCCUGCACUGCCGGAUCUGGCAUACUCUGCCAUCCGGUCUGUGGAGACACUUCCCGCUGAGCAUAUGCUUUCCGUGCCUAUCAUGGCGCCCCUGCAGCUUACGGACGAGAAGGUCCCUCCAACCGAACCCCAAGAAAGAGCGGUUGCGAUACAGCCUGAGGACUUUGUGUCCUCCAAGGAUGGGCCUGGCGAAGAUUCCCGCCCUGCCACAAGGGAUCAAGAGACGAGUGUCGUGAUGCCUCUCGGUGCUAUUACUGGGAAUGCUGUCACACGCGACAGAAGGCACCGAUUCAACCAGGCCGACUCUGGCGCCCAGACAAUUCUCUCGUCCAAGCAGAUUGACCAGAUACUCAUGGACCGAGUCUCAUCUCGCCCGCUCUCUCCGCCUGAUAGUGACAAAGCCAAGGAUGCCGGACCAUCGCCAUUUGCAACACCAAAAGCACGGCCUCGUUCUACUCAACACGGCUCAAAUUCUUCACUUCAAUCUGCCCCCCGUCGUCCCAGUAGCUCAGCGAGCCUGAGUUCAAGUAUCAAUAGUCAUCCGCCACUACCUGCGGACCACCGCGAAGCUAUCUUGGCGGCUGAGAAGAAGUCUUUGGAGCAGCGCCCCGUGUCCCCUGGCCUCAUGGCCCCUCCCCUGGCCCCGGCUUCCGCAUACCGAGCUAGCUCCAUCCAGCGCCCGCGGACUCCUAACGAAGUCGGCGUCGUCCAUUCUACCAAAACCAGUACCUCGCGAAGCAAGAUCGGACGGGAAAGCCAGGUGUCUCGAGCAUCAUCCGUUUCGUCCUUCGCAUCGGAGAUUGAAGAACGAUUUAAUACCACUGCGUACGCAAACCCAAUGCCAAACGGAUAUGCUGCAGGAACCGAUCCUCGUAUGAUCCAAGCCAUUACCCAGACCAUGAUUGGGGAGUUUCUCUGGAAGUACACCCGUCGGACAGUCACCGGCGAGAUAUCCAACACAAGACAUCGUCGUUACUUCUGGGUUCACCCAUAUACGCGCACGUUGUACUGGAGCGAUCAGGAUCCUCAAUCUGCCGGAAAGAAUGAAGUGCGCACGAAGAGUGUACCCAUUGAGGCAGUCCGAGUCGUCGCCGAUGACAAUCCUUACCCACCUGGUCUUCAUUGCCGCAGCCUAGAAGUCGUUAGCCCCGGUCGCCGGGUGCGAUUUACCGCUUCGACCAGCCAGAGACACGAGACGUGGUUCAACGCACUGUCUUAUCUGCUCCUGCGGAAUGCCGACGAAAAUGGGGAUGGCCAGGAACCCAAUGCGGCCCUCGAAGAUAUCGAUGAGUCCAACCCAGGAUUCCGAUCAGCUUCCCGUCAAACAGCGCGCAUGUCCUUCUCCUCGUCGCGGAGCCGCACGGUCCGCAAUGCGCCCAAACAGCGAGCCGGCUCUGCCAUGUCCGUACGACAGGCGGUAACUCCAGGCCGUGUUUCGCCAGCACCUAGUGCCCGGUCGCAUAUUUCCAGCCUCCAAGUUCCGGACGAUGGCCGACAUGGUUCCACUUCGCGUUUGAGCACCAUCCUGAACACAACUAUUAAGGGUUCGUUUGGUCGUCGCGGGCGACCCAGCUACUCCGCUUCGAGUGUAAACGAGGGCAGCGUCCAUGAUGGAAGUCUACAUGAUCGCGACAGCGAGGAAGACUUUCGGCGCAUGAUGGAGCGAGAGCAGGAAAGCGACCGGUUGGAGAAUGUUCGCGCUUGCUGCGAUGGCAAGCACGACGUCAGUUCACUCGCGAGGACAAGUCGAUAUAGCCCCCGAGUCAACCGGAAUCACUCCCAUCACUGA